AUGUCAAAUCUAGAUCCAAUUAUCUAUCCACAUUUAAAAGUGAGUGUGCCUUCAUUUUUAAUAAAAACUUAUGAAAUAUUGGAAGUAUAUAUACUUUAUUUCAUCUUUAAGAAUGAAUCAUUAUCAAAUCUCAUAUCAUGGAAUAAGGAAGGGACAGCAUUUAUAGUGUACAAUCCUCAUGAAUUAUCAUCAAAAGUUUUGGCAAAUUACUUUAAACACAAAAAUUAUCCUAGCUUUUUAAGGUAACAAAGCAAAUUUAUGUAGAUAAUUAAACAUGUACAAUUUUAAAAAGACUAGAAAUCAAUAUGGCUCUAGUGAAUUUAGACAUAAAUGGUUCAAGAAAGGAUAAAAGUAUGAUAAAUAUAUUUAUUACCUUUAGAAACAUGAUCUAAUAUAUUAGACGAAGAAAUCAAGAGGAAUCAGAUUCAAAAAUAGAAACAAAAGAACAAAAAAAUCAUGAACUUGAUUAUUAUAAAUAGGAACAUGAAAAUAUGAAAAUAAUGCUUUCAGAUAUCCAAGAAUGUCAUAGAAAUAUGCAAUAGAAUCUGUCUAAAACAAUUGACUAAUCAACUUCAUUAAAUAGAUAAAAUUUUAUCACUUUACAAGUAUGAAAAUACCAUAAUUAUAGACUAUUCAUUAAACAUAAUUAGAGUUUAAUAAAAAGUAUGAUUAUGUGACCAUCAUGUUAAAAAAUGUCUUGACUAAUCUUCCAAAUAUAUGUAUGAUAUAUAAACUUUAAAAUACAGUAACAAAUUUCAAAGAGAUUAUCAAAGUAUGUCAAGAAGAGACCAAUUUCUAACAGACAUUACCUUGUUUAGAAAAUGGAUCAUCAUCUUAAUAUCCAUAAGUUUUACCCUAUAAUCAAUACUAAUUUUAUACCUAAAAAUAAUAGCCAUGUAUAUUUUGUUGUUAUAAAAUUUCAAGUUUAUUUUUACGACUAGAAAUAAUAUUAUUACAAAAAUGUUCCCUAGCUAGCCAUAACCGACGUAUAGAGCAAUUACUAUUGUAAGAUUCAUAUUUAAUUUAAGCCCCAACAAGUUAUUCAGUUUCAAACAGUCAAUAAAAUUCUCCCUAUAGAAACUAUAAUAUUUCAUAACAAAAGUAUCUUUUAGAUUAAGCCAAUAUAGAUUAGGUAUAAAUUAUUCUAUUUUUAGUAUAGUUUAUAUCAAUAAGUAUGA